AUGGCUCCCGUACCAUUGGACUCUCAAGAUCCCCAAGAGCCUUGGAACACCAUCUACAUCACCGACAUCGUCGACGCCAUCAACCCGUUCACAUGCAUCCGUUGUCUGCGUCGCAAAGACAAGCCCGCUGUGAACACAAUCUGCACCACCUGCGAGCUUUUUCUCAUCGCGGAGCCCAAUGUUGCGGAGUGCUUCGUCUUCUUCACGUGUUUGAAGAUUUUCGACUUCUACCUUUGGGUAAGGCGAAACAUACUCUCUGACGUCUUCACACUCCAGCACGAUAGGAACGGAACGUUUGUUGAGCACCACAUCGGUGUUCCAGGGGACAAACAGGAGUUGCCUGACUUGUGCGUCAUACAAAGACCGGAGGGAGCAGGGUGUGACGACGUCGAGAUUGAGCUCUUGUCGUCAGCUCAGGAACUGCUAGGACAAGUGUUGCUCACGAGCCGACAAUGCGACAACGUCCUUGUUAUGCUAUCCAAUAUCAUGAAAAGCGAACUCUUGCAAGCCGACAGCCCCGUACUGGAGAUUGACGAAAUCCUCUUUGACGCCAACCACGAGUACACAAGUACGCAUUGGUGCUACCGUGUGACGCUCCGUGAUGGCCGCCAGUUUGCAGUCGCGUUUGCAGAUCGGCAACUUGGGUGGCUGCACAUUGUCCGCGAGUGGGAUGCGUAUGUUCUUCAGCGUUUCCAUGAGUGGGAUGAGCGAGAUGCUCUCUUCUUCCUCGAGAACCCUGACGAAAGUGAUUCGGAAGAGACGUCCGAAGACAUUCAGGAUCUUCUCUCCUGUUGUAGAGAGCGCGGUGUGAGCGUGCGAGGUCUUGGCGGUGUGUUGGCGGCGCAUCGCAGUGAAUGGUAUCCGCAACCUCACUGGACACCAGAAGACGUAGAGACGUGGCGAAGGCAGUUGCCUCCAUGUGACAUGAUGAUCGAGCAUCAGCCCCAGAAUUGGCGCCCAGAGCGUGAUCUUACUGACGAAGAGAUAGAAAGCCGGCAGAAAAAGUUUGGCUGCUGGCUGGAGGCAGACAAUGGAGGCGUGCAGGCACUGUGGAGGAUGUGGAAGAAAGACGUGGCUAGCAGGAAUAAGAGCGUCGCAUCGCGCUGA